AUGCCUGAUGUUUUGGAGGAGCGACUAGUGGCUGGACCAGGUAUUUCGGACUCUUCCGGUCUGCUCAAAUUACCUUUCUGUGACAGUAUGAGUAGUGUGUUGAGUUCCCAAACAUUGGAUACGUUGGCUGUACUCGAUGAGGCCGUGCAAAAAGAAACCGCGUUUAAAAUUAAGUCAUUUGCAUCUAUUUCCAAGCAACCUUUAAUGCCCGGAGUGGGCCAAUUACUUCCUGUCGUUUGUCAAGCCGUUGCUGGAGUUUCAGACCCUAGCUGUUUCACGCUGGUCUAUGACACUAUGCUGCGAUUAAGAUCGAGUUGUGAGAAGUUAGAAUGUCUGGAACUUGCACUGAAGCAAUCAUCAAGUGUUGAUCCCUCGUUUACUAACGCUCUGCGUGAUAUACGUAGCUCAUUGGUGCAGGUGUUUUCGUUUCCUUUUCGAGAUCUUUUCUAUCGAAAGAAAGUUCUUAUUGAAGUGUACUGUGACUGA